AUGAGUGCAAGCCUGAGGAUGCAUAGCUCUCUGUCCGCGCGUACACUCUAUCCCCGAUACAAACCAAACGACACCCUCAACGCGUCCAACCUUUCGUCUCUUCAAACUCGAACCCUCUUCGCAAGCAUUUCGCAAAAACCAUCCCUCCGCCUCCGUCUCCGGUCCCCUUCCCCCGCGCUCGUCACCGCGCAAGCGGGGAAGGGCUUUGGAAAGAAGCCGGCGGCCAGCAGUAAGGCGAAGCCGGCCGGCAGCAGCGCCGGCAGCAGCAAAUUGCUGGAUGAGCUUGGCGCCGCUAGCACUUCAGUAACUGCACCGUCGGGAAAAGCGGCUGUUGCGGGGGCGGAAGCGGCGGAUGCGGCGGUGUGUCCGUGCGGGGGGAGCGGGGAGGGGGAGAAGCGCGCAUACAAGGAGUGCUGCGCGCGGUACCAUGGCGGGGUGAAGGAACCCGACGCUGUUUCCCUAAUGAAGGCGCGCUAUACAGCCUUUGCCAGGGGUGUGAUUCCCUACAUCGUGCGCACAACACAUGAAGACAACCCCAACAUGGCACCCGGGGGAGCAGAGGGGCGCAAGAAGCUGACUGCUGAUUGCGAGGAGACGUGCAAGCGGCUGGUCUUCAAACGCCUCAAGAUUCUUUCAACAGAGGCAGGAGAGAGCGAUGAUGUUCUAUGUCAAGCUUGCGAGGAGACGUGCAAGCGGCUGGUGUUCAAACGCCUCAAGAUUCUUCCAACAGAGGCAGGCGAGAAUGACGAUGUGAGUGCAGGAGGCACUGGUGUGAAUCUUUCGUCUCCUUCCGAGCAGUCUACACCUACCUACAAGCACGGCACCACCACCGACAACCAGAUCUUAGUCGAGAAGUCCCGCUUCGUGCGCGACCCAGACACAGGCCGGUGGCUGUACCGCGAGAAAACCCCCCUAGACGCUCUACCUGACUCCCCUUCCCCCCCUUCCUUUAUCCCCCCACCCCCUACCCCAUGCCCUUUUUGUCUUCUCCUUCUGUCACAGGAGUCGUUUGUCUCAUUUCGUGCAGUCUACGCGUACAAGCACGGCACCACCACCGACAUUCAGAUCCUAGUCGAGAAGUCCCGCUUCGUGCGCGACCCAGAGUCAGGCCGGUGGCUGUACCGCGAGAAAGUACCCACUCUCGUUCCCCAUUCCCCCCCUUCCCCCCUCUCACAGGAAUCAUUUGUCUCAUUUCGUGCAGUCUACGCCUACAAGCACGGCACCACCACCGACAAUCAAAUCCUAGUCGAGAAAUCCCGUUUCCUGCGCGACCCAGAGUCAGGCCGGUGGCUGUACCGUGAAAAGAUUCCUCUGGACGCGGCUUCAGAGGCGGCGUGGCGGCUGGGUCCCGCUCUGGUAGAGCAGGAGCAGCAGGCGGGAGGGAGGAAGUCAUAUGUCAUGCGAGGAGCAGCACAGCCGAAGCUGCGGCCGAGAUCAAGCUAG